UGACCAGUUUCCUCCCAAAACUUCACCGAUUGAACCCCCACGCGACCAAUUGGUUCCUCUCGCCCUCUCUUUUCUCCGUCUCGUCAGUGUCAGGAUACAGUUUAAUUCAAAAGAGUAGCCAAAGUCUUAUCCGAGGAACAUCUGAGGGCGUCUCGAUCAUUGGUAGUGGGGUAUCAUUCAAGAGCUCGGCAGGCAAACCGAACGAAAGACGCAAUGGCGGACGCUGCGGUUGAUCCCGAGAUUGUGGGCGGCGCGUUGCAGACAGCCAAGGACCUCGUGUCAGGUGCCGCUGGUGGUGUUGCUCAGGUCUUGCUCGGCCAGCCCUUUGAUAUUGUCAAAGUCCGCCUCCAGACCUCAACGACACCCACAACGGCCUUGACCGCCGCCACCCAGAUCUACAAGAACGAGGGCGCCCUCGCCUUCUACAAGGGCACCCUCACGCCCCUGCUCGGUAUCGGCGCCUGCGUCUCCAUUCAGUUCGGCGCUUUCCACCAGGCCCGCCGCUACUUCGAGGCCCGCAACGCCGCCUCCUCCCUCGGCGCCAGCCCGACCCUUAGCUACAGCCAGUACUACGCCGCGGGCGCCUUCGCCGGCAUCGCCAACUCGGUCAUCUCGGGCCCCAUCGAGCAUGUCCGUAUCCGCCUGCAAACCCAGCCUCAUGGCGCCGCGCGUCUGUACUCGGGGCCCAUUGACUGCGUCCGCAAGCUCUCGUCCCAUGGUGGCGUGCUCAACGGCCUGUACCGCGGCGAGGCCGUGACGAUUCUGCGCGAGGCUCAGGCCUACGGUGUCUGGUUCCUGGCCUUCGAGUGGAUGAUGAACGCCGACGCCGCGCGCAACAAGAUCGACCGCAAGGACAUUCCUAGCUACAAGAUCGCCUUCUACGGUGGCCUGGCCGGUGAGGCACUAUGGCUCGGCAGCUACCCCUUUGACGUGAUCAAGAGCAAGAUGCAGACGGACGGCUUCGGCAAGGAGCAGCGGUACAAGACGAUGCGCGACUGCUUCGCGCAGACGUACCGCGGCGAGGGCCUGCGCGGCUUCUGGAGAGGUAUCGUGCCGACGUUGUUGAGGGCCAUGCCCGUCAGCGCCGGCACGUUUGCGACGGUUGAGCUGACCAUGCGGGCUCUCAGCUAAGUCGUUGUCCUGGACUUCUUAUUCGGGUUUAGGGGGAGCAACGCGCGGAUGGAAACCAU